AUGGCCUCCUCCUCCGAGCGCACGCCUCUCAUCCAGCAGCAAGAAAGCAGCAGUGCACACUCGAUGAAGGCCAUCCUCACCAUCCUCACCGGCUCCUUCCUCUGGUCGUCGGCCGCGUACGCCUCCAAGGCGGCGACGCUCGACGGCAUCCGCCGCUUCGCCUGUGCCGCCUACUACGCCAAGCACCCGCUGCCUGCGCUCGCCGGCGUGCACCACGCCUGCGAUGCCGCCGCCGUCGAGGCGUCGGCCGCACGCAGCAUCCUCCUCGCCGACACGCUCAGCGGCAGCAUCACGCUGCUCGCCGUCCUCUUCUUCGCACAGCGCCUCAAGACGUGGGGGCGCCGGCCCGUGCUGCUGCUGGGCGCCAGUGCCGUGUUCUGCGUGCAGCUGCCGUUCCUCAUCCUGCCGCUGGGCCCGACAAACGCGCCGGAAGAGGCGCCCGACACGGCGUGGAUCAGCCCGCUGAAUGCGAUGCGCGUCAUUGUGGCCAUGUACGUGGCGCAGGGUCUGCUCGGUGCGGAGACCCUAACGAUGGUGACGGUGCGCACGAUGCUGGCCGAUCACAGCUCGACGGCCGAGCGCACGCGCAACCUGACGUGGGGCUCGCUCUCGUACCUCGGCGGCAUCGUGCUGGGUCCGCUGCUGGCUGGCGCCGCCUCGGCCAUCUGGCCGACAAGCAGCACGAGCUUCGUGCACUUUGCCCACCUGCUGCCCGGCUGGAGCUGGCCGCACCGUCACGACCACAUGCCGCCGAGCGGCUCGCCCAUCCCGCCGCCGCUGCCGCCGGGCCCGCCGGACUCGACGUCGCUCGAGUUCAACGUUACGCCCUUCAUCGUCUCAAUCGUCGUCGGCUCGUUCGCCAUGCUGUGGAUCGCUUUCUUCGUCAAGGAGUCGAAGCCGAGGCGCGACGACGACGAUGAGGAAGAGGAAGAGGAAGGAGCAGUAGCAGUGCCGACCAAGUCCUUCUCCCUCGCGCCUCUGCGUCUGCUGCUGCCCGCGCCGAUGCCCAACGGCACGCACGACUGGCGCCUGACGCGCCUGGCCGUCGUGCAGUUCUUCGGCACGUCGGGCGGCACUGGCCUGACCGUGCUCAUCCUCUCCUGCGGCCACGUGUACGGCUGGUCGACGUCGAGCGUCGGCUACAUGCUGGCUUGGAUCGCCGGCUCGCGCGUCCUCGUGCUCAGCCUCAUCGUGCCGCUCCUUGUGCUGCUCCUGGAGCGCCUCGUGCGCCGCCCGACGCCGCUGCACGGCAUGCCGAAGGAGGAACUGGAGCGCCUGGCACGCGAGGCCAAGGUCGACGAGGCGCCCGGCGGCAUCAGCGAGUUUGCGCAGAUGGAAGACGCACAUGCCGACAUGCACGCCGACGGUGUGCUGCGCCCGCUCGUGGUGCUCUGGCGAAGCUCGAUCGACAUUGCCCUUGCUCGUGUCUCCUAUGUCUUCGAGCUGACGGGCUACAUCAUCAUCGCCAUCUCUGCGUCGAUCCCGUCCGGCGUGCUCAUGCUAUUCGGCUCGCUCUUCCUCUCCCUCGGCGGCGGCUAUCCGCCGGCGAUGCAGAGCGCGGCCAUCGCCAUCGCCUCCGAUGUCUUCGCUGCGCCCGCUAUUCGCGGCGGCGCCCAGCAGGGCAGCGCCGACCAGGUGCUCGCAGCCUUCUCGCUCAUCGACACGACGGUGCAGGUGCUCGUGCCCAUCGCGACGACCUCGCUCUACGCCGCCACCAACGCACGCUUCCCGAGCGCCGCAUUCAUCCUCAUCGCCUGCUUCUACGGCACCGCCGUGCUGCUGCUCAGCGGCCUCAGUCCGCACCGAAGCAGCACGACACACAUGCACACUGCAUGA